GCGAGCGGCGGCAGGAGGCGGCGGCGCUGGGCGGCGCCGAGGCCCAGGGCCCGCCGGAGCCAGCGGGAGCCCGUGCCCAUCGUCUCCCCUCGCCCCCCACGCUGUCGCCGGCGUCGGUCCCAGCGGCGCGGAGAGAAAGGUCCCAAAGAUGGCAUAGUGAUGAAGGCCCCUUCCAAUGAUCGGAACGUCUUUACCCGAGGGUGCCUGCCUGGGCCCGUGGCAUCGCGUUGAGCCAAAGGAACUUGUCUACCACUUCCCGGAAAACGUCUUUCUCUCCUAAUUCAUGAGCCAGCAGGAUGCGGUCGCCGCGCUUUCAGAACGCCUGCUCAUAGCUGCAUACAAAGGCCAGGCGGAGAAUGUGGUUCAGCUCAUCAACAAGGGUGCCAAGGUAGCGGUUACCAAGCAUGGCCGGACCCCCUUGCAUCUUGCUGCCAAUAAGGGCCAUCUUUCUGUGGUCCAGAUCUUGCUGAAGGCUGGCUGCGACCUCGAUGUCCAGGACGAUGGGGAUCAGACCGCCUUGCACCGGGCCACGGUGGUGGGGAACACUGAGGUCAUCGCGGCGCUCAUCCAGGAGGGCUGUGCUCUGGACCGACAGGACAAGGACGGGAACACGGCCCUGCACGAAGCGUCCUGGCACGGUUUCAGCCAGUCUGCCAAGCUGCUCGUUAAAGCAGGAGCCAACGUGCUUGCCAAGAACAAGGCGGGGAACACGGCUCUGCACCUGGCCUGCCAGAAUAGCCACGCCCAGAGCACACGCGUCCUCCUGCUGGGCGGCUCCCGCGCCGACCUCAAAAAUAACGCAGGCGACACCUGUUUGCACGUUGCUGCGCGCUAUAAUCACCUGUCCAUCAUUAAGCUCCUCCUCAGUGCUUUCUGUUCUGUCCAUGAAAAGAACCAGGCUGGAGACACAGCACUUCAUAUUGCUGCCGCCCUGAGUCACAAGAAGGUGGUUAAAAUCCUACUGGAAGCCGGAGCAGAUGGGACCAUUGUCAAUAACGCAGGCCGGACUCCACUGGAGACUGCCCGCUACCACAAUAAUCCGGAAGUUGCUCUCCUCCUCACUAAAGCGCCCCAGGUCUUGCGCUUCAGUCGUGGGCGAAGCCUGAGGAAAAAGAGAGAGAGGCUCAAGGAAGAGAGGAGAGCUCAGUCUGUGCCGAGAGAUGAUGUGGCACAAAGCAAGGGAAGUGUCUCAGCAGGAGACACCCAUAGCAGUGAACAGGCUGUACCCAGAAAAGAAGAGUCCAGAGAAGAUUUCCUGUCUGCCUCCCCGGAGCCCAGAGCAAAGGACAACAGGCAGAAAAAGUCAAGGCCCAAGGCGUCAGCGUUUUCUGACCCCACCCCACCAGCAGACCAGCAGCCUGGACAGCAGAAGAGCUCGCACACUCACAGUCACCCUAAAAAGAGGCCCAGGCAUCGCUGUUCACCCCCAGGUGCCCCCCACGAGUUCAGAGCGUACCAGCUCUACACGCUGUACCGGGGCAAGGACGGCAAAGUGAUGCAGGCCCCAAUAAAUGGCUGUCGAUGUGAACCCCUGAUCAACAAGCUGGAGAAUCAGUUGGAGGCAACUGUGGAGGAGAUCAAAGCAGAGCUGGUGUCGGUUCAGGAUAAGAUGAACACGAAGCUGGGGCACAUGGAGAAUAAGACCCAGCACCAAAUGCGGGUUCUGGACAAGCUGAUGGUUGAGCGACUCUCAGCAGAGAGGACGGAGUGCCUGAACCGCCUGCAGCAGCACUCGGACUCAGAGAAGCACGAGGGAGAGAAACGGCAGAUGUCCUUGGUGGAUGAAUUAAAAACUUGGUGCAUGUUAAAGAUUCAGAAUCUGGAGCUGAAGCUUUCUGGAGAUUCUAGGGCCUCCAGGACUAAAUCCACACCAUCCACUUGCGAGUCCUCCACAGGUGUGGAUCAGUCAGUGGUGACCGCAGGUCCAGUAGCAGCCUCCGACAGCCCCCCUCAGGUGGUCAGGCCCAAGGAAAAGGCCCUCAGCUCCACAGCCGCCCACAGACUCCAGCAGGAGCUGUCUUCCUUGGACUGUGCAGGCUCCCGACUGAGGAGUGUCAAGGUCCAGACAGCCUCGUUACCCUUGAAAGAGGCAGCCAAGUGCGAGCCGCAGGCUGGGCCCUGUGUUGACAGAGGCACCCAAACCAAGAAGUCUGGGAAAAGUGGGCAGACGAGGCACCGCGGCCAGCAGCCAGCACCCAGCACCACCUGCGGGCAGCCGCCACCAGCAGCAGGUGGCGAGCAGACUGCCCCUCAUACUCGGGACACCUCCCAAGCGCUGGAGCUCACCCAGUAUUUCUUUGAGGCUGUUUCCACCCAGAUGGAAAAGUGGUAUGAAAGGAAGAUUGAAGAAGCACGAAGCCAAGCCAGUCAGAAAGCCCAGCAAGACAAGGCCACGCUGGAGGAACACAUUAAAAGUUUAGAGGAGGAACUUGCUAAACUAAGGACUAAGUUCUAGAUUCCCAGUGGUGAUCUUUUUGGAAAGUCCUCUUGAGUAUCAGAUGCAACACAUCUGAAGAACAUACCUCAACAACCCUGAGGGUUAAUGCAGAAGGACUUUCCAAGGAAGCUCCAUGGUGUCUCCUGAGGUCAGUACACCUCCAGCCCUAUACCUCACAGUUUUAAAACAGCUUAAUUGACUUACACAAUAUUAUAUAUCAAUUAUAUUUCAAAAAAAUUGGGGAAAAAUGGCUUUAUUCAGAUAUAAUUCACAUACCUGUAAAAUGUACAGUUCAGCAGAUUUUAGUAUAUUCAGAGUUGUGCAUUCAUAUAAAUAGAAUCAUACCAUACAUGAUCUUUUGUGACUGGCCACUUAAUGUUUUCAAGGUUCAUCCAGGUGUAGCAUGUAUCAGUACUCCAUCCCUUUCUGUUUGCUAAAUAAUACUUUAUUGUAUGGGUAUUCCACGUUUUACUUAUCCAUUAAUCAGCUGAUGGGCAUUUGGAUGGUCUACUUUUUGGCUAUUAUGAAUAAUGCUGUUUAACCUUUUGGGCAACUGACAGUCUUUUUUCCAAAGUGGCUGCACAAUUUUAUAGUCCCACCAGCAGUGUUUAAGGGUUCCAGUUUCUCCGCAUCCUCAUCCUCGCCAACAUUUGCAAUUAUCUUCCUUUUUAAUUAUAGCCAUUCUAGUGGAUGUAAAUAGUAUCUCUUGGUGGUUUUGAUUUGCAUUUUCCUAAUGAUUAAUGGUGUUGAACAUCUUUUUAUGUGCUAUCGUACUGGUUUUUGCUUCUUCCAAAAACUGCUGACAUAUCCAAGAACAUUUUCAAAAUAAAAGGUAUGUUUUCAGUGCUAAGACAAUUGCUCUUAUGCCCUUUUCUUGGCUCUCUCUGAUAUGCCAUGCUCCAUGUUCUGAUAUUUUGCUCAAGGGCUCUAUGUACAGAUAGUUUCACUUGGCUUUGGGCUACCCACUGUUGAGCCUAAGCUCAACUAAACACAUGGAGACUUUGAAAACCUUUCAGAAUAAUGCUGUAGUUAAGAUCUGGCUAAAGCAAGUGUUUUUUCUAACUCUUUGAGCUGCAUAUUGCCUUGAGUAAUCAUCAUCCGGAUUGUAUCCUGUAGAAGAAAGUGAAAUCUGGUCACUGUUUUCACUGGUUAAACAAGUCCUUCAGGUAUUUGCGAUCAGAAUCAUUUGGAACUUGCCGAAUUGCCUGCAAAAUCCUUCUGUAGAGGAGGAGAACUUGUUGCCUUCUCACGAACUGUACAGGGGAGGAGAAAUGGCAAUUACAGCUGCACAAUCGUCAGCCCGGCUCCUCACACAAGGCUGGUGGAUAUGAGAGGAGUAGAUGUGAGAGCCAGAGGUCCAAGGACAAGACCCACCAUCGUGGCCAGGUCAGGACACCGACCACCCACGGUGACCCUGGGAUUAACUGUUAGAAGUAUUAUCUGCUCAGAGAACACGUCGUACCAACAGUACUCCUUAAAAGACUGAUAAGGAUAUGAUACCCCAAAACAACCAGAUGCUACAUAAAGUUCUUAAGACAAACAUGUCUUAAGUUGUUUAAAAGCAACUUAUAAUUAUGUUUUGUCAACUUAUUGAAGUAGUAAUUUGUGAAAGUUUUAGUACCUGGAAAAUCGUGUCCACAAGGAACUGAUGGGCUGUAUGAAUAGUCGAAUCUCGGCUUCUCUCUGGUUUCUCAUUCUCUGUCUCCCUGUGGGAUGUGUCUGUCCUGGGGUCUUGGUCUUCCUCUGUGUUAACAGUUUGGGUCUCCAUCUCCAUCUCUUCAAAGCCUGUUCUCACACCAUAAUGUCAACAUGAAGACUCAACCUUCACAGUCACGUGUCAAUCCUAACAAUUACUCAGACUUCACUCAUUCACUCCCCAGCACAUUAACACCUCGGCUCCACGUGUCCUUUCUCUCUGACACAGUCUGCCAAUUCUCACUCCCUUAACUUCCCCCUCUUCCCACCCUGAUAUGGAAGGCGGCUGUUCCGGGAGGCAGAAGUAGGGGGAGACUGUUUUACCCUGACAAGCCUCACAGAACCGUGUGAUCCAUUAAACUAUGUUCAUGCAAAUAAAUAAAUAAACUAUGUGCAUGCAGAACUUUGACAGAACCAAAAACUAAAAUAACAUCAUAGCUCCAUUUUAUAGAUGAGGAAGCUGAGACAAAGAAGACAAAUUUGCCUCAACCUAUAAAGUAAGAGAAAGUCUGGAUUUGAAUCUAGAAAGGUCUAAACACAGACCUAUGCCUUUCCCACUGUCCUGUAACAGCCAGGCAGUCAGCAGUUCUAACGCCCCUGAGAAGACGGAAGCAGAAGGAAAAGUUUUUGAAUUUAGCAAGUUCUUUUGAAUUUCCACUUAUACCACUGCUGAUAAAGCUAUUUUUUCAUGUGUUGAAUUUAAAAAACAAAACAGCCUUGUAAUAGCACUUGGUCAGCUAUGAAAUGGAACUGUAUGUAAGAAGUUUUGUUACCUUCUCACAUGCACUUCCCCUAUUCUAUUUCUUUAAACAUUUCUUUAAAUAAAAUGUUUAAAUAUAGUAUAUUUUCAUAUAAUUAAAAAUACUGUUUCUCUAAUAAUCAAGAAUAUAUCUUCUGGGGGACUUCCUUGGUGGCACAGUGGAUAAGACUCUGCGUUCCUAAUGCAGGGGGCCCAGGUUCGAUCCCUGGUCAAGGAACUCGAUCCCAGAUGUGUGCCACAACUAAGGAGGCAGUGAGCCGCAACUAAGACCCAGUGCAACCAAAUAAGAAAGAAAAAAAAAAGAAUAUAUCUUCUGGUCAUACUGGAGCAUGUGUACUAUUCUGUUUUCUUCUACAUAUUUAAAAAAGACUGCUGGGUUGGGCUUUGCUGGUGGGGCAGUGGUUAAGAAUCGGCCUGCCAAUGCAGGGGACACGGGUUCAAGCCCUGGUCUGGGAAGACCCCACAUGCCGCGGAGCAACUAAGCCCAUGCGCCACAACUACUGAGCCUGCGCGCUAGAGCCCAUGCUCUGCAACAAGAGAAGCCACUGCAGUGAGAAGCCCGCACACCACAACGGAAGAGUAGCCCCUGCUCGCUGCAACUAGAGGAAGCCCGUGCACAGCAACGAAGACCCAAC